ACUCGGUAGGAGUCGGGCGUGCGUCACACUAACGGUCGCAUGUCUCGCGAUCGUAAUUAUUUGCAACGUCAGAAAUUCGCGCAUCCAAUUCAAAAAUCUGCGGAUCGUUCGAAAAUUGAAAGUGUUCGUUUGCUAUUUAUACUUUUUUGAAGUUCUAAUCUGUGUCUACAGAUUCUUUGUUUACCAAACAUUCUGUAAAGAAUAGCCGUCAAACUGUUGCAAAGACUCAAGAGCCAUCAGACUGGAGUAUUGUGAAAUUGUGUGUGAACAAAAUGGGUCAGUAAUUGCGAACCGAACGAGCAUUUGUUGAAAAAAAUCGCAAGACUCAUAAGUUCCAGUGUGUUAAUGACUUAUCAGUGUAUCUAAUUUUAAAUUGAUUAGUCGAUCGAUUAUACAAACGUGCGCGUGAGCGACUAUAUAAAGUGUAAACGUCCAUGUUUAGAUUUCGAAUGCCGUACGGGAACGUGACUGUCACUGUUUGAAUUCCGAACGGCGAUUCCGCGAACUUUGCAAAUUGUGUUGCCAGUGUUAAAAUAUAUAGCGACAGGUCGCGCGGGGAGUGUGAUAAUCAUAACUAGUGUAGCAAGCGUAUGCCAGCACAUUGUUCGGGACCGUCGGUGCGGUAGGGGUGUGUAGUGUCGGAAUAGGGGUUGUGCGCCAAUGCGGCGGCGGCGCGCGGGCGAUGUCGCCGCCGCGGGCGCUGCUGGCGGCCCUCCUACUCUGCCAACUGCUGUCGUACGGUGGCCACCAAGGACUCACCAAGAUAUUUUACACGUUACCUGACACGGGGCAGCCGCCUAUACUCAUCUCGCUAGGAGACAAUGCCAAAUUGGAUUUGAAAAAUCCCGACGAAUUGCUAUUCGUCAACGAUUCCGAGCAGCACAAUGAUACGAAGACGUUCACCAUCGUCGACAGCAGCGAGGCUUCGGACGAGGGAAAAGACGAGAGGGAACCCUCGGAACCUCGCCUCGUCGUCAAAGCUAAACCCAUGCACGAAACCAGAUUAACCGAAGACGCAUUUCAAACCACCACACCUCCACCCACAGAACCAGAAACAGAAUCUCACGAAGCAGAAAAACAAGUAAACAUUCCAGUCAAACCAGAAACACCUCAGGAGGACAUACCUUCCUUCUCGGAGUGGGCGCAGAAGCAACUGGCCGAAGCGGAGAAGAAAGACACCGUGCUGAACCACUCGAGUCAACCUAGUCAUAGCAAUACGAAUUUUAGUAGUAAAAGCACGAAGCGAUCAAAGAACUACGCGUCGCUCGCGUGCGGUGCUAAAGUUGUCGCUGUCAACCCCGAGGCGGGCUCUCCCAGCUCCAUCCUUUCACCCAACAGAGACGAGUACAUGCUCAACACGUGCAACAGCCGCAUAUGGUUCGUAGUAGAACUUUGUGAGGCAGUCCAAGCUCAAAAAAUAGAAAUAGCCAACUUCGAGUUGUUCAGCUCCACACCCAAAGACAUAGCAGUUUACUUCAGUGAUCGGUUCCCCACGAGAGACUGGGCCAGUGUCGGACAGUUCACGGCGCAAGAGAUGAGAGACGUUCAAAGCUUCGAUCUAUUUCCGCAUUUGUUCGGAAAAUUUAUCAAAGUAGAGAUGCUAUCUCACCACGGUUCGGAACACUACUGCCCAAUUUCGCUGUUCAAAGUUUACGGGACGUCUGAAUUUGAAGUGUUGGAAAAGGAGAGUUCUCAGCACAGCACACCCAUCGAUGAAGAUGAGGACGAUGAAAUCAUUGACGUCCCUGACAUCCCCGCGACUGAAUCAGAGCCAUCAAAAAACCUGUUCGGCUCAGCAAGAGACGCAGUCAUGUCAAUCAUGAAGAAAGCGGCCCAGGCGUUGGUCAAAACUGAAGUUCCUAACAGAAACGUGUCGAGUGAACAUAACGACACAUCCACAGAUAAAAUGUACAAACGGUGUUGCUCCCCCAGCCAUAUAAUAGUGUGUGAUAACUGCAGUGAGACGCUUUACAAUGAAGUGUACGAACUUAUUAGUUGUAGCUCAGACAAACUGACUAGUUUAGUGCGCCAGGUUUUCCUCCGGGAGACGCUCAAGUGUACGGGGAUAUGCCAGCGAUACGGCUUAGAUUUUAAAAGUACAAAAACUAUUGAAUUCAGUUCCGAGCGCGUCGCUUACAUGAAUGCCUUGUUCCCGCCACAAUAUUUAGCAGCACUAUGUAAUAUGCUCGCUAUUAAAGAGAAAAAAGUUGUAUUAAAUACUAGCUUUGAAAGUGAAAACGUUACCACAAAUAUAACUGUUGACGAAACGCCGCAAAAAAUUAACAGUGAAACCAGUUCGGAUCAAGACGUGAAAUUAGUGCCGGAUAAAAAUAACGCCUCUACAGAUGACAAAAUUAUAGAGAGUGUACCAACGGAACCAACAAGUUCAGAACAGACACUUGAAACAGGCAACUCUGUACCUAUAGAUGUACCUCACGAAGAGAAAGAAAAAGUGGAUGAUAAGAAAGAAGAGACCUUAAAUAUUAUAGAAGAAAAACCAGUACAAGAACAACAAGAAGAUAAUAAGCCCAUAUCUGAAGCUGAGAAGCCUUCAGAACCAACAGUAGAACAAGAAACAAAAGAUGCCACUCCCAAAACUGAUAUAAAAAAUAAUAAAGUUGAAUUGCCUGUAGAGAAACCGAAAGAAAAUAGCAAUGGUGGUGAAGAGAAUGAUCAAAUAAUAAUAGAUAAUGAUAGUUUCAUGUCAGACUUUGACCAGAUGGCGGUGGAUCCUACACCGGCAGGCAAGGAAGCCUCGCCAAACCAGAACCAAGCCCAGACCACGUUCCAAAAAGAAUCCGUGUUCCUGAGGCUUUCGAAUAGAGUAAAGACACUGGAGCGCAACAUGUCUCUCUCGGGGCAAUACCUCGAGGAGUUGAGCAGGCGAUACAAGAAGCAAGUCGAGGAGAUGCAGAAGACCUUCGAAAAGACAGUACUGCAGAUGACAGAGGAAAGAAGAAAGAGCAACGAGCGAGAACAGAAGUACUUAGAACAAAUGGCCAACCUACAAGACCAGCUGACGCAAAUGGCAACGCUCCUAAAGAUCCUCAUGGACGAGAGAGACAGCUGGUUCGGCAACAUGACGUUCUUUAAAUUCGUAAUGUUUCAAAUCAUAUUAGUCGCGGCGGUAUUCUACUACGUAUCCAAAAGACGAAGACCAGAACCUAUCAUGGUGCCUAUCACAAAAAAAUCCAAGAAAAAGCAAGACAAAUUGCGAAGGAAGUCUGUUGAAGGCGUCAGCGGACACGAGACUCCGUCUGCUAAGAAACGAAGACCUAGUGAGGAGGCUCUACAGAUAGCUAGACAAUCUGCAGAGGAGGAGAUCAGCAGGGAAGAAGACGAGGGCGAAUGGCAGAUAGCUAGGAAGAAUAGGCGACGGAAAACAUCCAUAAUCCACAGAAACAUGGAUAAAGUUGAGUGGAUGAGGCAGGACAGCAUUGGGAAGCUACAAGAGAACCCUAUACCGUUAGAUGAGGAGGAAUUCUUCGCUCCUGUCUCCGAGCCUGUAGAGUUCAACGGCACGAUCGAGCCUAAGAUAGAAGUCCCAAAGAGUAAUGGUUCCUUCUUCAACAAUUUGAAGUCUAAGACAAUGAAAACGAGACGGUUGUCCUCCCCGGCGUUCUUAAGGACGCUGAGCAGGCAAAGCACGAGGAGUAAUCCAAGUCCUGUCGUCAGAACGCUUGAGCCAAUUUUUAAUGGAAAGCUUAGCAGAAAAGCCGCCUCAGAGUCGCCAACCGGUAGCUUGUGGUCGGACUCCACAGAAAUAUCCCAAAACGGACAAAAUGAAAGUGAAAGUGGUGGCAAUAAAAAGAAGAAAAGUCUGAAGAAUAUACUAAAGAAAGUGUUUUGAAAAACUGUUUUAAUCAAGUACUUACUGUAUUUGUAUCUCUUGAUGUUAGGACGACGGCCGAAUGUCUAAGAUUCAACAGGUAUUCAAAUUCAAAAAGAUGUACUUACCUCUCUCUCUCUCUCUGUAUGACCUCUCUAUAAUCCGAAAUAAGAAAUUAACAAUUUAAUAUUCCUCGUUCAAAGCAAGAAUUGUGAAUUUUGCGUGUUAGUUUUAAUUUGGAAUGCUUAUUGAAUCUUAAGACCAUCCUUGUCCUGGCUUAUCUUUAUCGCUUAAAUCAAGUGGUUAUUGUAAAUUAUUUCUUGCGAAUAUUAUUUCUAUUUAAUUCGAUUUUUCUAGAUGCACAUCUGUCUUUAGGUAGGAUAGGAUAAUAGGAAGAUUUUAAAGAAAUUUUACAGUGAUAUGAAUUUUACGGAACGCGGAAAACGUCAUUUUCAUCACAGCGGAUCAAGUGUGCACCUAGGAAAAUCGCGACUAUUUUAAUUGUAUUUAAAUUAUUGUAUAUUUGUAUUGUUGUUAGACCUCAGUAGGUGCCAAUUGUGAUAAAUUAGGGAGCCUAAUUGUUAGCUUGUUGCGAAUUUUGAUUUGUGCGAUGUAUUGUCGUAUGCGUGUCAUUUACUGACCAUAAGAGUACUCGUGAAAUUGCGGACGGAUGCGAUUCAGAAAACAAAGAAAGAGCAUUAAAUGCAUUGGUUUUA